AUGAAGCUCAUUAGCCUAACGCUGACCUUGGCUGUGGCAUCUGCAACCAUUGCUGGCCAGCAACAGGUGUUACAGAAGCCCCUAGAGCUUGCUAACGCAUGGGUAGAAUCUGCGCAAGACUCGCUGGAUGAGAUAGCUGGUGAAGCAACUUCCCUACUGGAUGAAUUUUCAGACUUCUUUGAUUCACCCAAACCAUUAACUUCUCCAAAACCCAACACCAGAAAGCCCGACAAUGUCUGGGACUACGUUAUCAGAGGUGCAGAUAUCGAAGAUAGCUGUUCUGAGUUCUCCGAAAAACAAGCUGAAGAAGAGGAUGACACAGAUGGAAAUCUUAGCUCUUACAGCCUUCGCACCAAGAACGUCGACCCUCUCAAGCUCGGCAUUGACAAAGUGAAACAAUACAGCGGGUAUCUAGAUGAUGACGAAAAUGAUAAACAUCUCUUUUACUGGUUUUUUGAGUCCCGAAACGAUCCCGAGAACGACCCAGUCAUCUUGUGGCUCAACGGCGGCCCUGGAUGUUCGUCAUUAACUGGAUUAUUCUUUGAGCUCGGCCCGGCCUCAAUCGAUAAAAACUUGAAGGUGGUCAAUAACCCUUAUUCCUGGAACUCGAACGCAUCAGUUAUUUUCCUUGACCAACCUGUUAAUGUCGGAUACUCGUACAGCGGCGAUUCCGUCAGCACAACCGUCGCAGCAAGCAAAGAUAUAUACGCCCUCCUCACUCUAUUCUUUGUGCAAUUUCCACAAUACGCUACUCAGGACUUUCACAUUGCCGGAGAAUCAUAUGCAGGCCAUUACAUUCCUGUGUUCGCUUCCGAGAUCCUCUCUCACAAAGAUCGGAACAUUAACCUAAAGUCGGUUCUAAUUGGAAACGGCCUCACUGAUGCUCUAACUCAAUAUGAAUACUACAGGCCAAUGGCUUGUGGCCAGGGUGGUCUGCCAUCGGCACUUAGUCAUAGUGAAUGCCAGGCAAUGGAUGAUGCACUUCCACGCUGCCAACGUUUGAUACAAACCUGUUAUGACUAUGAAAGCGCAUGGGCUUGUGUUCCUGCGAGCAUCUACUGCAAUAAUGUCAUGAUGGGCCCAUUUCAAAAGACUGGCUUAAACGUAUACGAUAUGCGUAUUCCAUGCGACGACGAAGAAAACUUAUGUUACACCGGUCUGAGCUGGGUCAGCCAAUUCCUCAAUCAGGAACAUGUAAUGCGGGAAUUGGGAGUUGAGGUGUCGAGUUUUGAGAGCUGUAACCUUGACAUCAAUCGUAACUUUUUGUUCCAUGGAGACUGGAUGCGACCAUUUCACCUUAAAGUUCCCGAUAUACUCAAAGAGAUCCCCGUGUUAAUUUACGCUGGAGACGCAGAUUUUAUCUGCAAUUGGCUCGGAAACCAGGCCUGGACUGAGGCACUUGAGUGGCCGGGCCAAGCCGAGUUUCAAAAGGCUCAGCGAGAAUAUAUCAAGCUCCCGGAUGGGUCUAAUUACGGAAAGAUAAAGAGCAGCGGCAACUUUACCUUCUUGCGGGUUUAUGGCGCCGGACACAUGGUCCCUUACAACCAACCGGUUGCAUCACUCGACUUUGUUAAUCGAUGGAUCAGCGGAGAGUGGUUCGAACAGGCUUAA